UCUCUCUGAGAAAGUCAGAAUAUCGCUUUGCGUAUUCGAAAAACUAACAAUGAAAUCCGUAAAAUAAACAAGUGAUCAUCUCCACGUUUCCUUUUCAAGAGUCAUCUGUAGUUUGAUUUGAAAAUUUAAAUUGAUUAUAUCAAUCUCUUCUUCAUCCUGAUCUCAAUCAUUUUUUCCUCCUUUUCAAACUCCAAUGGCGUCGACCGAAAUCAUUCCCGUUAUCCAACAUCCUUCUUCUUCUUCUUCUUCUUCUUCUUCUUCUUCUUCGACCACCAUCUCCGCUGUUGUACACACAAUGCUAAUCAAAGAAUAUGGUAAUAAGGAUGGCAAUCAACAUCCCUUUCUUCUCCACCUCACAGGGCAAGCCACCACUGCCGCCGCCAACUUCAGACCGCAAAGACGGCGGCAAGUUUCCCGAGCACUGGUCCACAAUGUAGGGCGUGCUGUGGCCGUCACAUUUCUUGCGGUGCGUUUAUGUUUCAAAGUUCUGCAAUGCCUUUGGAUAGGCUACAAAUGGAUAGCAAGAAUUCUAUCCCUUGGAUGUUAUGUGGCUUUUAUUUCCCCUGGUGUACUUCAAGUUGCAUAUUAUUAUCUUUACUGUGGCCAGAUUCGAAGAAGCAUAAAGUAUGGCGAUCAACCAAGAAAUAGGUUGGAUAUAUAUCUACCAAAAACUAGGCAUGGCCAGAAGCCAAAGCCUGUGGUUGCAUUUGUAACUGGUGGAGCCUGGAUUAUAGGUUAUAAAGCAUGGGGUUCUCUUCUUGGAUCACAAUUAUCAGAGAGAGACAUUAUAGUAGCCUGCCUUGAUUACAGAAAUUUCCCCCAAGGAACCAUGAGUGAUAUGAUAAAGGAUGUUUCUCAAGGCAUCUCAUUUGUAUUCAAUAAUAUUGCCGAGUAUGGCGGCGAUCCUAACAGGAUUUAUCUAAUGGGACAGUCAGCUGGUGCACAUAUCGCUGCUUGCACACUUAUAGAGCAGGCAAUCAAAGAAGCUGGUGGUGAGAGCGUUUCUUGGAGUGUCUCCAGGAUAAAAGCUUACUUUGGUUUGUCAGGGGGGUACAAUUUGAUAAAUCUGAAGGACUACUUUCAUGGUCAAGGUCUUCACAGAUCCAUCUUUUUAAGCAUAAUGGAAGGAGAAGAGUCCCUGCAAAGAUUUUCCCCGGAGGUUAUUGUACAGGAUCCAAAGAUUAAAGAUGCAGUUUCCCUGCUUCCACAUUUGACUCUAUUUCACGGAACUGCAGAUUAUUCCAUACCAUCAGAUGCCAGUAAGAGCUUUGCAGAGGUGCUUGAAAGAACUGGAGUAAACGUUGAAACAGUUCUAUACAAAGGAAAAACGCAUACAGAUUUGUUUGUCCAGGAUCCAAUGAGAGGUGGUAAAGAUCAGUUGGUUGAAGAUUUGAUUUUCAUCAUUAAUGAAAAUGAUAGGGAUGCACUUGCCACAGAUGCAAUGGCUCGCCAAAGGAGGCGCCUCGUACCGGAGUUAUUGUUGAAGUUAGCACGUAAUGUUAGCCCAUUCUGAUCUGCUAACUUGAUUACUUUUUCUCAG